AAUUACCUUUAAAGACAGUACCAAGAGCAUGUGAAGGAAACACACGAGAAAUAGCACAGAACAGAUUAAUACAACUAGAGAGAAGAUUUCUAAAAAUGCCAAAGCUUAAAGAAGAAUAUGUAAAGGUGAUUGAUGAUUACAUCGAACAGAAGCACAUGGAAAAGGUACCGACAGAAGAAAUACAUACAAAGAAGAGUGUAUACUUAGCCCACCAUGCAAUUAUUCGAGAAGAGAAGGAAACUACAAAAACGCGCGUCGUGUACGACGCGUCUUGUAAGGGUACCAAUGGUUUCUCAUUGAACGACGACCUCCUUGUUGGGCCAGUUUUACAAGAAGAUUUGAGAAGUUUGAUCAUGAGAUGGCGAAUGCACGCUAUAUGCUUCGUCUCAGACAUUCACAAGAUGUAUCGGAUGGUGCUGACAACUAAAGAAGAUUCCGACUAUCAAAGAAUUUUAUGGAGAAGUAGCAGUGACAAGGAAAUAGAAGAUUACCGUCUCCUGACAGUAACCUUUGGAACAGCUUCAGCUCCAUAUCUGGCAGUUAAAACAUUGCAACAGCUGGCUAUAGAUGAAGGAGACGAGUUUCCUAUUGCAUCAAAGAUGAUCACAGAAGACUUCUACGUCGACGAUCUGAUGUCAGGAUGUGACACCACCGAACAAGCCAUAGAAGCCAGCAAUCAAUUGCAAGAAGUUAUGCGAAAAGGUGGAUUUCAGCUUAAGAAAUGGUCAUCCAAUAGUGUUGAGUUUAUGCGCAAUUUGAAACCCGAAGACAGAUCAGCUAAUGCACAUCUUGAUUUAAACAUGGACGGCACAAUCAAGGCACUUGGUGUCCAAUGGAACAUGGGAACAGACCAGUUCGAGUACAACCUUAACCUUCCAGAAGUAAACAAUCACAUCAGCAAACGAACAAUUUUGUCUGAUAUCCAGAAACUGUUUGACCCUCUGGGCUGGAUCUCACCGUGUGUACUGAUGGCCAAAAUAUUGAUACAGAAGUUGUGGCUGGCAAAGGUGAACUGGGACGAAGAACUUAGUCAACCCUUGAAAGACGAAUGGCUUCAAUUAAGAGCAGACUUGAGACAUGUCAAUGAGAUCCAUGUUGAUAGAUGGCUUGACACUUUCAGCACUGAAGGAGCAAAUAUUCAGAUACACGGAUUCAGUGACGCCUCUAUCUCCGCCUACGGUGCAGCCGUUUACAUUAGAGUAGAAAAGGCAGAUGGUACAGUCAAAACAAGGUUGAUUGCUUCGAGGACAAGGGUCUCUCCCGUGAAGACUGUCUCUUUGCCUAGAUUGGAACUGUGUGGAGCUGUUGUGUUGGCAAAAUUGUUACGACAAGUCAGCCUUGCUAUGAGAAUACCGGCUUCACAAAUAUUCGCAUGGACAGACUCUUCCAUUGUAAUUUCAUGGAUUUUUGGCGAACCACAAAGGUGGAAAACGUUUGUGGCAAACAGAGUUGUGGAAAUAACAAACAAUGUUAGUCAAAAUCAAUGGCAUCAUGUCACUUCAGAGGAUAACCCCGCCGACAUUGCAUCCAGAGGAAUGUACUUGUCAGAGUUGAAGACUUCUAAGCUAUGGUGGGAAGGACCAGAAUGGCUAUCUAGAAAGGAAAUAGAAUACAGAAGACCAAAUGUCAUUUCCACAGACAUAGAAAGGAAAAAUGUGAUACAAACAAAUUUAAACGUGUACGGAAGCGAAAAAGAGAGAAAUUUGGCAGAGCAAUUUAAAGAAUUUGAUAAUUUACAAGAACUGAUAAAAACAAUUACAUAUUGCCGCAAAUUUCUGAACAUGAAAAAACUACAAAUAGACAAUUUAAAAUUAACUACUCAUGACUUGGACCACACACUGCAGAUAUGUGUAAGACUUGUACAAAAAGAAGAAUUUGGAGAAGAAAUAGAUAGAUUAACGACAAACAAACAAGUACACAAACGGAGCCCUAUAAAAUCUUUAAAUCCCUAUUUGGAAGAAGGUCUACUAAGAGUAGGAGGAAGGCUUAGACUUGCAAACAUAAAUAAUGAAGAAAAGCAUCCCUUAAUAUUGGGUAACAAAAACAACUUAACACCUCUUAUAAUAGCCGAUGCACACGUGAAGACCUUGCACGGUGGAAUAACACUCACAAUGAGUUAUUUACGUUCCGAAUUUUGGAUUAUAAAGUCAAAGAAUUUGGUAAAGGCUCACGUCAAUAAAUGUCUUGUAUGCGUCAGACAAAACGCUGCUCCUAAACCACAGCUGAUGGGAGACCUGCCUAGAGAACGAGUCACGCCUGCCAGACCGUUUUUACAUAGCGGCGUCGACUUUGCAGGACCUUUCACUACCCUAAUGUCUAAGGGUAGAGGAGCAAAGACUACGAAGACGUAUGUAGCUAUAUUUAUAUGCUUAUCAGUUAAAUGCAUACAUCUAGAGCUAGUCAGUUACCUGACUUCUGAAGCUUUUAUAGCUGCCUUCAAGAGAUUUGUAGCCAGGAGAGGGAGAUGCAACCAUUUGUGGAGCGACCAAGGACGAAAUUUUGUUGGCGCCAAUAAGGAAUUGAUUAAUGCAUGGAAAGAGGCACAACUAGAGUUUACUGGAGAAAUUUCCGAGUCCUUGGCUAAAGAUGGUACGCAGUGGCAUUUCAUCCCCGCCUAUAGUCCGAAUUUUGGUGGUCUAUGGGAGGCUGGUGUAAAAUCCCUGAAACAUCACCUAAAAAGGAUCAUCGCCUCUCACCUUACGUUCGAGGAAUUUUACACGGUCCUUUGCGAAAUUGAGGCAUGCUUGAAUUCAAGGCCGUUAUGUCCAAUUGAUAACGACGAUACAGACAGCAUAGAACCCCUUACACCCGGGCACUUUCUGAUCGGCGAAGCACCCAUAAACGUCCCAUCGCCCGACUUGAAGGAUGUUAGAAUGAGCUCACUAUCACGAUGGCAGCACACACAGAAAUUGGUCAGAGACCUUUGGUGUAGAUGGCAGCAAGAGUACCUGUCACGUUUGCAACAGCGACCAAAGUGGUUGAAAAGAGUAGAAGAGUUCAAAGAGGGACAGAUUGUUCUCAUUAAAACCGACAAUCUUCCACCUGGAAAAUGGGCUCUCGGCCGAAUCGUCGCUAAACAUCCAGGUCCAGACCAUAUUACGCGAGUGUAUAGUGUUAAAAGUGGUGAUAGUGUGGUGAAAAGACCUGUUACAAAACUAUGCUUAUUACCAAUAGAGAUUAAUGAUUAA